AUGGCGUCUGCUUCACCGCCACCACCGUCAACAUCCCUAACAUCACAAAAGCCGUUGUCGUCGCCACCGUCCCAGCUUCCCCUCCGUAAGAUGCCGGGAUCGUACGGUUUGCCGUUGCUGGGACCAUUAGCGGACCGUUUAGAUUACUUCUGGUUCCAAGGACCGGAGAAGUUUUUCAAGACAAGGAUAGAGAAGUACAAGAGCACUGUGUUCCGUACAAACAUCCCUCCGGCGUUUCCUUUCUUCGGUGACGUUAACCCUAACAUCGUCGCUGUCCUCGAUGUCAAAUCUUUUAGCCAUCUCUUUGACAUGGAUCUAGUUGAUAAAAGAGAUGUUCUCAUCGGAGACUUCCGGCCUAGCCUAGAGUUCUACGGCGGCGCUCGUGUUGGAGUUUAUCUCGACACCACUGAACCAAAGCACGCUAAGGUCAAAGGUUUCUCCAUGGAACUACUAAAGCGAAGCUCCGAAGUAUGGCGACGAGAGCUUCUCUCAAACCUUGACAAUUUCUGGGGAACAGUCGAAUCCGACCUCUCUAAAAACGACGCCGCAUCAUAUAUAGUCCCUCUCCAACGCUGCAUCUUCAAUUUCCUCUCCGCUUCUCUCGCCGGCGUCAACACUUCGGUAUCACCGGACAUCGCCGAAAACGGUUGGCAGAUGAUCGAUCGCUGGCUCGCCGUUCAGAUUGUCCCCACCACGAAAAUCGGCAUCCUCCAGCCGCUCGAGGAGAUCUUCCUCCAUACAUGGCCUUACCCUUUCUUCUUAGUCGCCGGAGACUACAAAAAGCUUUACAAUUUCGUCAACGACAACGCCGGAGAAAUACUCCAGCUAGGUGAAGAAAAAUACGGGUUGACCCGAGAGGAGACGAUCCAUAACCUCCUCUUCAUAUUGGGCUUCAACGCUUACGGGGGCUUUUCCGUCUUUCUACCCUCUUUAAUCGGGAGAAUCGCCGGCGACGAUUCCGGUCUCCAGGAGAGGCUGAGAUCCGAAGUCAGGAGAGUCUGUGGGCCUGGGUCCGGGUCGGGUCUGAAUUUCCGGACGGUCAACGAAAUGGAGCUUGUGAAAUCCGUGGUUUACGAAACGCUGCGUAUUAGCCCGCCGGUUGCUUUGCAAUUCGCACGUGCGAGGAAAGAUUUCAAGAUAAGCUCGCACGACGCCGUUUUCGAGGUUAAGAAGGAUGAGCUCCUCUGCGGUUACCAACCGUUGGUGAUGAGAGACGCUAACGUGUUCGACGAUCCUGAGGAAUUUAAACCGGACCGGUAUAUAGGUCAGACCGGGUCCGAAUUGCUUAAUUAUCUAUUUUGGUCCAACGGUCCACAAACCGGUACUCCGAGUGAGUCGAACAAACAGUGUGCAGCCAAGGACAUUGUCACUCUCACGGCUUGCUUGAUUAUCGCCGAUUUAUUUCUCCGGUACGAUAACAUUACCGGCAGCGCCGGAAGCAUCACAGCCGUCGUCAAAGCUAAAUAA